UGUCUCGUAAAAUUCUUCGUUGGAUGUUUUCCUCAUGUCUCAAUAAAAACAUAAUCUACGAGUAUUAAAAGACACAGAACUCACCUCCUUAUUACAUUUUCCAAUUGCCCAAACAAAGCUACUUGCAAACAUCCUUGAAAAUUAUUCAUUUUCUUUCUCUUUAACACCCGCUUAAACUCCAAACGAAUCGCUGACAGGACCGUUACGCCCCAAACGGGUAGCAUGAACCCUGUCGUUAAGUUUUUCUGGUUAUGGUUGCAAAAUAACGAUAGAGAAUUACGAUAAUCGUUAUCCCACACUUGCUACGAGUGAUACAGCAUACCGAUUUUUAAAAAAUUAUGGUAACGCCGCAUAACGAUAUCGUUAUUCUUAACGAUAGUGAUACAGCAUAGGGCCGAUUGUCAGAACUAGGGGAUGAUGGGAAAGUACCAGAGAAAAACGGAAAGGAGGAACUUCAGCCAAGCUUCCCUUGACUCUGCGCUUGAUGCUAUAGAGAAAGGUCGUAAAAUCCGGGCAGUUGCUCGAGAUUUUGGAAUACAUGAGGCAACUUUGCGACGUCAUUUGGGAAUUAAAAGAAAAAUUAAGGACAGGAAAUCUGAGACACUAGGGCGCGCUCCAAUUUUCUCUAAAGAACAAGAACGGGAAAUUGCCGAACAAGUAAAAUCUCUCGCAAGGUUAUUCUUUGGAAUAACGCCCACUGAGUUACGACAGGUGGCUUACAAAUAUGCCGAAAUAAAUCAUAUCAAGCAUCGUUUUAAUAAGGAAACAGCGAUGGCAGGGCCAGACUGGUUUAGAAGUUUUCUUAAGAGGAAUUCUGAUAUUUCUCUGAGAAAACCGGAAGGGACCAGUGUAAGUAGGGUGUCUGCCUUUAACAAACUGGAGGUUGAUAGAUUUUUUGAUAAUCUAGAACAAGUAUUAACAAAAAACAAAUUUGGCCCGGAUCGGAUAUAUAAUGUAGACGAAACAGGGGUGUCUACAACACCAAAAGAAGUCGGUAAAAGGCUGGCACCAACUGGUGUGAAACAGUUUGGUACUAUUUGUUCCUGGGAACGUGGGAAAAACAUUACCGUGAUCUGCGCUGUCAGUGCCACAGGAAACUUUGUGCCCCCCUUAUUUAUUUUUCCUCGACUGAGGAUGAGUCCUCAUCUCCAAAAAAAUGGACCUUCUGGUUCUAUUUAUACGUGCACAAAAAAUGGAUGGAGCAACGAACAAGUUUUUGUAAUGUGGCUGAAACAUUUUCAAGCAAAGGUAUCUUCUACUGUUGAUAAUCCAGUAUUGCUUGUAUUUUGUAUUGGAUAA